AUGGGGGAAGCGCAAGCAGAGGAAGCACAAGCAGAGGAAGCACAAGCAGAGGAAGCACAGGCAGAGGAAGCGCAAGCAGAGGAAGCACAAGCAGAGGAAGCACAAGCAGAGGAAGCGCAAGCAGAGGAAUCGGAAGCAGAGGAAGCGCAAGCAGAGGAAGCACAAGCAGAGGAAGCGCAAGCAGAGGAAGCACAAGCAGAGGAAGCGCAAGAAGAGGAAGCACAAGCAGAAGAAGCAACAGCAGAGGAAUCGCAAGCAGAGGAAGCACAAGCAGAGGAAGCACAAGCAGAGGAUCGCAAGGAGAGGAAGCGCAAGAAGAGGAAGCGCAAGCAGAGGAAGCGCAAGCAGAGGAAGCGCAAGCAGAGGAAGCACAAGCAGAGGAAGCACAAGCACAGGAAGCACAUGCAGAGGAAGCGCAAGCAGAGGAAGCGCAAGCAGAGAGCGCAAGCAGAGGAAGCGCAAGCAGAGGAAGCGCAAGCAGAGGAAGCGCAAGCAGAGGAUGCGCAAGUAGAGGAAGCGCAAGUAGAGGAAGCGCAUGUAGAGGAAGCGCAAGCAGAGGAGUCACAACCAGAGGAAGCGCAAGCAGAGGAAGUGCAAGCAGAGGAAGCACAAGAAGAGGAAGCACAAGCAGAGGAAGCACAAGCAGAGGAAGCGCGAGCAGAGGAAGCGCAAGCAGAGGAAGCGUAA